AUGGAGCGACGCAAGAUCAAGUCUGACUCGGGACUUUCGUCCACCGCGUCUGUCCUGGCGGGAGAGAUGAAGGCGUCGCCCGAUGCGAAGUCCACUGUUUCGCGGAUGGUCGAAUCACUGGAGAAGCAAGACCCGUUUGGAGACGAAACCCAGGCUGGGGUCAAAUACAAGACUAUGGCGUGGUGGCAAGCCGGUAUGAGUAUUCUGACCAUCCUGGGCAUCGGGAUUAUCUCAACGUAUACCGGGUAUACCAUCGGACAGUUGAAAUGCCGCUAUAUGCAGAUCCACAGCAUGGCAGACGCUGGAGAUCUCCUCCUGGGAAGACUCGGACGGCGAACUCUAGGAGCUGCACAGCUUCUUUUCUUCGUCUUUGUGAUGGGAAGUCACGUUCUCACCUUUUCCAUCAUGAUGAAUGUCCUCACUGAGCAUUCGACCUGCACGAUCGUCUUCUCCGUCACUGGGAUGCUUGUCUCGUUCCUGUUAACUCUCCCCCGACGACUCGAGAAGUUGUCUCAUCUCUCCUCUGUGAGUUUCAUCAGCAUCAUCGGCGCCGUCCUGGCCAGCAUGAUCGGUGUUUCUCUCGACAAAGCCCCCAUACAUCUACCGACCUUCUCCCCUACUCCCACCGUUCAUGAUGCAUUCCUGGCUAUCGCCAAUGUCGUCUUCGCCUAUGCGGGCCAUGUGGCUUUUUUUACUUUGUUCUCGGAGCUCAGGGAGAUCAAGGACUUCCCGAAAGCUCUGGCGCUUCUGCAAAUGAGUGAAAUGAUUUUGUACACGGUGACUGCCAUUGUGAUUUAUGCUUUUGUUGGACCAGCCAUCACCUCGCCCGCCCUCAACUCUGCAGGACGACUAUUCCGCAGGAUCUCCUACGGAAUCGCAAUCCCAACAGUAUGUCUUGUUGCACUGGCGGUGAUAGCAUUCCGUUAA